GUCGGUGUGUUUACGGCGCGCGUGUGUGUGUGUGCGCGAGGCGCGCGUGUUCGCUAACCGCAGUUGUUCGUCACACGACGCCGCGUCGCUUGUAGACGGGCCCACUGCGAAACGCGCCCCGCACGCGACUGCCAAGCGACGGAACGCUACGCACUUGGGGACCCGCGGCCGGCACCACCGACCGAUAGCGAGAAAACAAUUGUUAAAACGGCAUCGUCGAUAGUAAUAAUAUAUAGUAAUUAGUUAACGAUAUUUCGCCGUUCCCGCGCUACGACGACGACGAUGCGAUCGCGCCCGGCGGAGCUGCGCCAGCGGUGAGCUUUUCCGGCGAUCGUCGUACCCGAAGAGUGCCUACCUACCUAUCUACCUACGAACAGCCACGGAGCGAGCGAGCGAGCCGUCGGCACGAAACACCCGAAAUGCUACACUCCUACGAACACAUCGUUGACGCUCAACAGUCGUCGGUCGGAGACGAGCUGUACAACCUGACACAGUUGGCCGAGGUCAGCAUAGUCUACUUUAGACAACACACGGCCACGAUCAUCGACAGUUCAAGUGCCUACGAAAAGGACAUCAAGAAAAACGAUGUUGAUGACAACAACCAUAAUACAAUAACCACGGAACAAACAACAAAAAAGACAACUAACAAGGAACGUCAGUGUCCGGACUGUGGGAAAUGUUAUAGCACGUCCAGCAAUUUAGCCCGACACCGACAAACGCACAGGUCGCUAGCCGACAUCAAAGCUAGGCACUGUCCCCACUGUGACAAGGUUUACGUAUCGAUACCAGCCUUUUCGAUGCACAUGCGAACACAUAGUCAAUCGUGCAAAUGUGACAUUUGCGGUAAAUGCUUUUCCAGACCAUGGCUGUUGCAAGGGCACAUUCGCACCCAUACGGGUGAAAAACCUUACGAGUGCGAAAAAUGUCGCAAAGCAUUUGCAGAUAAGUCAAACUUGCGAGCGCAUCUUCAGACCCAUUCUACAGAGAAACCACACGUCUGUCAGAAAUGCAAAAAGGCAUUUGCACUCAAAUCAUACUUGUACAAACAUGAGGAAUCUGCUUGUGGUAAAAUUACUUUGUUGAACAACAAUAACAACAACGAUUAGGAACCCUUUUUUUUUUA